AUUGUCAAUUCGUCAUGUGUCAAAUCGGUAAUAACUCAGCGGCCGGACUAUAAUAAAUAUUAAACCCUAUAUUUAUUGUUUAAGAUUCGCAUAAUAAAUAUAUUUCUUGAUUGUAACUUCCGUAAGUUUGACACAAGUAUCACAAGUUUCUAUGAUUCAGAAGACAUCACGUUGGAGGAGAAAUGCGAAAAUCUUAUGAACGUGGUCGUUGAAUCUCGUAAAAGAUUUGGAAAAAUGUGUGUAGAAUACGAACAAAAAUCAUCACUUAUGGAGAAUAAAAUGCUUAAUUUACAACUCGAAACCCUAUCUAACCUCAGAUUCAAACCUAUGAGUAAGAUUCUCAACAUAGAUGUAGAUAUUAUGAAGAAGGAAGUUGACAAUUUUGCGGCAGAUAUUUUGGAAAGACAAACAAGGAUAGAGAAUUUAAAGAAAAAUGUAAGAAAUGCACAGCAUAUAGUUGUACAGCUUAAAGAAGACAAAAUUGACAAGAAACUUCGAAAACCACUCACUGCAGAGGAAAUGUUAGCAGUUGCUAAAAGCACAAAAUGAAAUGUAUUUGUAAGAUGAAUUUUAUGUCAAGUUAACAUAGUUUUGAGAAAGAUUUUCUAUGAUUAGAGUGAGCAGACCAAUGCCUGUUUCCAUUGAAUUCUCUGUAAAUGUAAACAAUGUUUAGUGAUUCUUAUUUAGAAAUAUAAGUUUAUUUAAGUAUGAAUAUUUUCAACCAAUUUCAAAAGAAGGAGAGGUAUUUAAUAUGACUAUUUUUUUUAUGUGUGUUACCUCAGAAUUUUGUCCAGGUAAACUGAUAUUUAUGAUUCUGUUUUAUUUGAAAGCUGGUGUUUCUCAUGUGGUCCCAUAUAAAUUUGAUCAAUAUCUGACUAGUAGUUUUUGAGUUAUCCUUAAUAAUGCGUAUUUAAUUGACUUGGACCACAUUGAUGAUGUUUUCAUUUUAUUGAAGUUGUACAAAAAUUUAAAUUUUACUGCUUGUUAGAUUCUUAACUGUAAGUAAAUAUCAGUUUUAUAGGUGGAACAGCUGGGCUUUUCUUAUUUCUGAGAGGACUGGGAGGGCUAAGAGAAAGCAACUAGUCCUUAAUGCCGCAUCAAUGCAUGUGAGAUCUUGCAUGUCCCCAAAAUAUUUUGUCUCUAACAUGUAGGUGUCCUCACUAUGUUUUCUUUCACCGCCAAUUGAGCAGUCAUUUAGCACUUAAUAUUGUAAUUAAGAAUAUCAAAGGUGCUGGUGUUAAUCUAAACUUGGUUCAUAUUUGAUUUAAAAAAUAAAUUUGUGUAAUAAAUUUUUUGAAGAAAUGUGUGAAUGAGGUACAUACGUUUUAUUUAAACAUUUGUAAAUUUUAAUGAUAUUUAUUAAUAACAUUAUACCAUUAUUGGCCUCCCCCAGAUUGCCUCAUAACUCAUAAACAGGUUUUGACAUUAUGGCCAUGCUUGACAGGAGAUUUAGCAACUGCAGUUUAUUAUUAUUUUGAGUUUGUUCGGGGUUGUACCGACACUAAGGGGAUGAUAAACUGAUAACGCUUGAUAAGUCUGAUAAAAUAUAUUUUGAAUAAGUAACAAAUUAUUAAGACUAGAAUUACUGAUAAUAAUGAGUACACGUAGCGCUCUUGAUGGCUAUAAGCAAACUGAUUUUAUAAUACAAUUGCCGUGGAAAUAUGUAAAAGAGGUCAAGUUGUGAAAUGAUGACUUGACAAUUGUACGUUGCAUUUCAUGCUCGUACAGAGUUGUUAAUAGGAAGAUGCUGCUGCCCAUCUUUUGUCACCUUUUACGUUUUGCCUCUAUUUAAGUCUUAUAGUUGUUAAUUAAUAUUACAACACCGCGCAAGUCAAUUUCGCUAACUUUUCAGGAGAGAAGAAACCUAGUUUAUUGUUUUCACAUCCAGAUAAUUUAGGGUACAAAAUGCUUGUAAUUUAGGUAAGGAAUCAUUUAAAUAUGCAACGGCAGAGAAGCAGUUUGCUUGAAGUAAAACAAUUUUUUAUCAAAUUAUGUCUUUAUUAAUGUAAAAAAGCUGGUGUCCACAAUAAACAUGUACUUUAUCUAAUAACAAUACAGUCAUAAUUUAUAUGAAUGUAGUAUUAUUUGAGUAGAAUUUUCGUAUUUUAAAUAAUAAUGAAAGUUUCAUAAAAUAUAUGAAACAUUUCCGUGUUUUUUAUUUGCAUGCAGUUUUGUAUUUCAUAAAAACAUUAUUUUAAGUAUAUACCGAAAAUGGCAUGCGUAUUAAAUAACACGAUCGUAUUUUAAAUAAUAAUGAAAGUUUCAUAAAAUAUAUGAAACAUUUCCGUGUUUUUAAUUUGCAUUUCGUUUUGCAUUUCAUAAAAACAUAUUAUUUUAAGUAUAUAUCGAAAAUGGCAUGCGUAUUAAAUAACACCAUCGUAUUUUAAUAAUAAUGAAAGUUUCAUAAAAAAUUACAAGCAUUUCAAAAUCACCAAAAAAAACAAUUUUUUAUUUUACGUGACUUUUUGACAAUAUACUAUAUAAAAUAUUUCAGUUAUUUAAUAAAGUAAACCCGAGUACUUAAUAAUAGAAACAAUAACUUAGUUUGAAGAAAGCCACAUACCAAUGUAUUGGCAGCGCUUUUUUUGUUUAUUUAAGUAAUUUUUUAUCAAUAAACAUGCAUGCCAUUUGUUAUUGAAGUUUAAAAUAAUAUUUACAGACAAUGUACAAAAAGGCAUGCAAAAAAAAACAUGGAAAUGUUCCUUAUUUUUAUUUUCGUUAAAAAACUUUUUUUAAUUUUAGUUUUGUAUGUCAGGCUUGUGUAAUAUGCAUGCCAUUUUUUUAUCAACUUAAAAUAAGUAAUGAAAUAUUGAAUGGCAUGCAAAAUAAAGUCACGGAAAUUAUAACAGCGUUUUUUGCAAUUUUCGUCAUUCAUGCCACUAAUUUAAAACUUCCUGUUGUGCAUGCCAAAUUUGCUAAUGUCAAUAAAUUAUAAAAAUUAAUUAUUGUUCAAAUGGCAUGCAGUUUGAAAUCACGAAAAGUUGUAUUGAAUUUUCACAACAUUUUCCUAAUAUUUUCCACCCUUGGUCAUACGAGGGGUGCAUGCCAAUUUUCGUAGAGUAUUUUUGAGAUAAAAAAAAAACUAAUUUUUUACAACGGCAUGCAAUUUGUAAACACGGAAAUGUUCUAUUUUUUUUUCAUUUCUACGUAACCCUUUGAGCCCCGUCGCCCGUUGCGAAUUGCAUGCCAUCAAUUAUUAUAGCUUAAAUUUGUUCCAACGUUAUAUUACAAAGGCAUGCAAUAUAAUGUCACGGAAAAAUACUAAAAUUCUUUACACAAAGAGAAGCCAUUUUCUUUAUGACGUGUAAGCGCGCAAGGGCUCGUAACCCCUCUAUCUUUCAUAUUUUAAGGUUAGUUAUCAAUUUUUAAAAAGGCAUGCAGGAGAAAAUGGGAGACUAUUUUCUGUCACCAUCGCCCGAUCUAUAUAGAAAGGGACCGUGACGAAUAAAUGUUACACUUUUUCUGGCCUAGCCCCCACCCUAAUUCGUACCGUGCGAUAAGGAACUUCGUUUCAAUAAUUAAAUUAAGUUUAGACGGUAUGUAAUUGUUUAAGGAAAUAUAGUAGACAAGAUUCUUAUUUUAUAUUAUUAGUAUUACCCAAUUUGGUUUUCUUAACGAGUUUUCUUUGUCCAGCAAUUACCCGUCUCACAAUUUUUUGAAUGUCGCGUUCUUAUUGGUGGAAAAGUAAAGAUUGCAAUAGGUAGAUCGAAGCACGCGAAAAAGCUUUAUCCAAUGAAAUCAAAGUUAUGGCAACUGCCGAAAAUCGACUUAAGUGGUGUUAUAUAAACGCUAAGAUGUUUUUAAAGUAUAGAUACGCCAUACUCGCUCUAAAAUGGCAAUACGAAAGUCAGGUAAUUGCCCGACUCGCAUUCAGUCGGGCACGCUCUCGCGUCGCGUCGCUAUAGUUUCACUACAGCGCGUAAAUCUUCCAGUUAUUCGUGGCAAAAAUGCCUUCCUGUGAUUUUAGGUAGUGCACAAAUUACACGGUAACUGUUACAGACAAGAAAAACGUCUCAUUAAUAUUUUAAAUAUAGAUGUUUUGUUCAUAAUUGGUUUUAUUAUUUCAACAGUAACUGCUAGUGUAAACUUGACGCUAGCUAGUGUGUUCAUUUUCCAUAUCGGUAUGUCACGCACUCGCGACAAUGAGCGCUCAGCAGCAAUCAAUACGCAACUAAUGAUACAUCUUUUUCUAACGAUAGGUAUGCCCUAUCAUUUGUCUCUUUUUGUUAGUGCAACGUGUCACAAUAAAUAACUGUAUGUAGAUAUAGUACUACCUGCGCCACCAAUAAUGUUAGUGUGUAACCUGUUUAUCUUUUUUAAUGUCUUUGUAUAAACGACGUUAUCCUAAAUGACUCUUGAAAUUGCCUUUCACCGCAAAACUCAAGGACACUUAUUCGUGUACAUUUUAAUUUUCUUUUAAAUUUCCUGACUGUAUUGGUAUUGCAGAUAUUUUUUAAUGAGUGCAUGUCGAUGCAUCAUUGUUUAUGAAGAUAUUGAAAAUAAAACUUAUUUUACAUAUUUCAUCGUUUUAUUACUUAUUUUUAUAUUUUGAAUCCCGACGUUUCGAGUGCUAUACAACAGUCAUCAUGACUGUUGUAUAGCACUGUAUCACUGUAUGACUGUAUCAGUGUAUCUUUACAACUAAUUCACUUAAGUCGUCUUUUAACUUUUUCUAUCUAACAUCUGUGUCGCACAUUUCGCACGGUGCUUUCUAUUAUACCUUAGCCGGCCGGCCAUUCCAGGAAGAUUUCGGAAAGUCCAUAGUACAGACGUUUCUUUCGCACCUCACUAUUUAGAAUGUUCUGUCGCGCUUUCGUAAGACGGAGAGAGUGAAUUGUUUGACCAUUUUAAACUGUUAUACGUCAGCACAAAAAGGUAAAUUGAUAACUCUAUGACUGUUGCAUAGGGCUUAAAGUCUCUCUACUACUAUUCAUAAGUUGCAACUCUGACAUUUGAAUAAGUAUAAGUAUGUUUAAAAACUAAAUGUAUAUAUAUAUAAAUGAUGCUGUAAAUAAUAAUCAAAAAAUCACUGUACAUAGCCACUGAUUUCUAAAUACGUAUAAUAAUAAAUAUAAUUUUUACUUAUUAAAUUCAACUACGUAUACCCUAAGAUGUUUUUAAAGUAUAUAUAUGUUAUACUCGCUCUAAAAUGGCAAUACGAAAGUCAGGUAAUUGCCCGACUCGCAUUCAGUCGGGCACGCUCUUGCGUCGCGGUUAUACCUUCGCUACAGCGCGUAAAUCUUCUAGUUAUUCGUGAUAAAAAUGCCUUCCUGUGUUUUUAGGUGGUGCACAAAUUACACGGCAACUGUUAGAGACAAGAAAAACGUCUCAUUAAUAUUUUGAAUAUAGAUGUUUUGUUC